AUGGAGUGGGGCACCUACUGCCUGUUGUGGAAGGCAGCCUCCUUCAAGGAGUUCCUCAGGGAGAGAGGGGAGUUCUUGCAGGACCUGAGCCAGGAGGGGAAGGGUGCUCUGGAUCACCUGCACAAGGAGGGAGGCAUGGUGACCAGGUCCAUCAAGAGCCUUGAAAGUCUUCAAGACGGGGAGCUACAAAACCCCUCCCACGACAAGUUCAUCGUCUACCUUUGGGCCUUCAAGGUGGACCUCAAGGACCUUGUUCCCUGGGUUGAGCAGUACGCCAACGGCUGUUCCCAGGCCAACAAGGGCAAGGCCAACAAGCAGCGUGACAACAAGGUCGCCAGCAAGAGGAAGGGGGACACCACCAAGGUGACCCUCCUGUACUACCUCCUGGAGAGGCUCUGUAAGCAGGGACACCUUGAGGCUAGCAAGAGCCUAUACGUCCUGGACAGCCCAAGGACCCACGACAACCUCCAGCUUGUCGAACGCCUCCUCUUGGCCCUCUUCAAGCUGGACACCCUCCUCAACAUGGUCCCAGGAGGUAACCUCUUCAAGGUCUUUGUCCCCUCGACCGUCAAGGACAUGGCGACAGCCCUGGUAUCAAGGAGCAGCAGCAGCGCCACCACUGCCACCUCCAGCACCUCCUCGAGCACGGCCCCAAGCACCUCCUCCACCACCCCCUCUGUGGCUCUGCAGGUCCUUUACCUCACCAUCGCCCCAGAGGACUCCCCCAAGUACAAUCAGGCCAUCAUAAGCCGCCUUGUCAAGACCUUGCAGGAGGGCUCUCCUUCCCCCAUCCACAUCAAGGCUGUAAGGGAGGAUCACAAGGGCCUGGUAUCGGACUCCAGCAAGAAGGGAACCACCAUCAUCCUUACCAUGCUUCCGGCCUGGAGCCACCAUGGCCAGGCACAUCCCUGCCUGUAUCCAGGCCCUUGA